AUGCCGGGUCUGCCCCAUGGUGCCUCGCAGGAUCCGUUGCCUCAAGAGUACUGGAAUAACCUGGAUGCCAUGUAUCCUAACCAGCUCCACGCAGCGCCGCAACAACAGAAUCACGCUCGUGAGCAGCCCAUGGGCAUUAGUUGGGACCAUCCUAUUUUCCAGCAGCAAAGACCCCAACAUACCCCGCCGCCCUCUCAGAGAAACCACCUUCAACCUCAGACGGAUCCAAAUCACGGCAUCUACUCCAUUCCGCAGUCCUGGCAGUCCAACCCGUUGCAACCGCCGAACCGCGCGUUUGUGCAAUCGCCAUAUCAACCUCAGCAAGUUCAGCAGCCUCAGCAGGUGCCCCAUAUUCAGCAUGAGCAGAUUCAGUUCGACUCGCGCGCCAUGAACCAGGAGACCUCUUCGUUCCCUCAAUACUCCUUCCAUCCACAAUUCUUCCCCAACCAUCAGCUGCCUCCCCACGGAUCUUUUCAAGAGCGCCCACCCCCGCAGCACUUGCCUUCCGAAUUUCACGCCCCUCAAUCGGUCUUGCCUCAGUUUCACCUCCAGCCGUCGUACCCUGCCGACUUGCUCAACAAUACAAUCGAUCUCACCGACGACUUUCAAUCUGCUCCUUCUCAGAAUAAUACCAUCGAUCCACAAUUCCUGAAUCCAGUGCUUCAAGCCCCCAGUCAGCAACCGCAGCAACUUCGUGAUGGUUACAUGUUCACGACGCCAACGGGGACGCCAACGGGAAUUCAACAGCUGGGAGGACAGGGCUUUGAUUAUUACCAGAAUGACCUUACACUUCAGCCCUCUGGCAACAACCUGAAUAACGCGAAUCCCCCAAAACCAGGUAUGUUAGGCGUAUUCCGACCAAUCGCUUCCUCUAAACCCCCUGGAAAUCCCUCAAGACUAACUGGUCCGCCUCGCCCCGAAGUUGUUAUCGAAGCGAAGAAAGCACCCGUGAAAAAGGCAACACAACCCAAGAAGACCAAGGCAAAGAAGACCAAGACAACCCAGGAGAGUGAUAGUUCUGACGAUUCCGAGUCGGAUAUUGAAGCACCACCUGAGCCGUCUCCUAUUCCAUUGCAGCGCCCCACCGACCGAUUGGAAGCGGCAGAAUACGACACUAUGCAGGCUGUUUGGGCGCCACGAAACAAGAGAGCUGCACCCGAGAAGGUCAAAAAUGCCCUGGUUGUCUACAAAGAUCUCGUGAAAACACUUCGAGACUCCUGGAAGGAUCAGGUUCAGGCCAUGAAAGCUGCAGAGAAUUCGGGAGAUAAUGAGAAGGCCAAUGCUUUGAAGCAAGAUGUCACAUUGCAGCGUGGCAUGAUGGAUCGGAUCUUGGAGACUACCCUCAAGGUAGAUCGAUUCCAGGCAGCUGAUUAUGAUGGGUCUUUAACCACAAACAUCUUAAAGGUGCUGGCACGUUUUAUCACUGUAGAUGAAGAGAUGCUGCAGAAGACCAACUUGGCUAAAGUGCUGCCGCGUUUUGUUAAGAAAGGCGGACAGGCAGUGAAGGAAUUGGCACAGAAAAUUUUAGAUAAUGCUAAGGCCUCGACCAAGCGCAAGCAAACUUCUAAAUCCGUUGAAGAUUCGCCAGCAAAGGCACCUGCCCGCAACUCUCCCUCCGUCGAACCGGUUGGGUUGAAACGCACCCGCGAGGGUGAAAACAGUGCUCAGCCAGCCAAGCGUCUUGUCGUCAUGCCGAAUCCUAAAGAUCAAAGCAAGGCUACUGCUUUGAAUGGUACAACAAAGCGGGUCCCUGAUACAUCAAAUGGCAAACCGGCCACAGCUGCUCCGCGGCCAAAGCCCACCCAUGUUGCUCCCAAGGCGUCUGCUCUAUUCAGUACCCUGAGCUCUGCAUCCAAGCGCCCUGGAACAACUAAUGCAGAGAGAGCUGCCGCUGCCGCUGCCGCCGCCGCUGCAAAGACAAACCCAACCCCUGAGAAGAAAGAAAAAGCGCCUCCCAAGCCAACUUUCUCUUUUGGUGACCUGAUGGCCGAUCUUGAUAAGCCCAAGGAGCCGAUUGCUGUCAAGCCCUCUGAAGACCAACCACCCGAGACCGAAGAAGAGCGUAAGAAACGUUUGCGCAAGGAGGAGCGGCGUAAACUGCGUGUCACCUGGAAGCCCGAAGACUCUCUCACUGAGAUAAGAUUGUUUACUCAUGACCCUGAGGAAGAGCUGGGUCCUGAAGAUGGGCCUUUCAAUGAUGGUUCAAAUAUCAAGAAGUCGAAGCUGAAGACGAGGAACUGGGGGGGCACUAUUCGUGAAAUCACCCUGCGAGAUUACUAUACGCUGUCGACGAUCCAAAUCGAACUGGACGAGAUGAAGAAGGCCAACUUCAUCAAACGUGGUGGCAAUCGUACACCCGUUAGUGCCGAGAAAGAGGCCCAGGAUCAUCGUGAAGCAACUACGCUUAUGGUUUUCUAUUCUUCCCCGGCCGACGUGCCAUCAACACCCAAGGAACCGGCCGCGGUAGAUGAAAACGAACCUGUACCUGAUGUAAUCUCCUUUGGAGAGCUACCCGACACUGUGAAGGCGAAGCAAGACGAAUACUACGCUCGUAUUAACCCUCAACCUACUCCCGCUUCUCAGGCACCGCAACAGCUCAACGCUGGAGGUGGGGGAGUCGAUAUUGCCAACCUUCUGAAAAUCAUACAAAAUGGCGCUACGCAGCAAUCUACACCGCCACCACAACCCGUCCAACAACCUCCUCAGGCCCCAAUGUCUGACUUAGAGCGUACCAUUAGCAUGUUCUGCCAGCAGCAGUCCGCUCCUCCAGUCCCGCAGGUGCCUCAAGUACCUAUUCCACCUGCCGCAGCCUCAGUUGACUUCCAAGGCAUUCUAAACAUGAUGAAGCAGAUUCAGCAGCCUGGCGGGUUCUCUCCCGCGCAAAUGCAGCAGACGCAACCUGCAAUGACACCGAAUCUGGGUGCUAUCUUUGGACAGUUUGCCGGACAAACUAACCCUGCUGGUGGAGGCUUCAAUUCUCACACGCCGGGUACCUUUGAAGACCCUGAACGGAAGCGCAUGCGUGAUGGAGGGAGCAGCCAUUACGACAGUCAGAACCAGGAGCAAUGGAGCCGAGGCAAGCGCACCAAGGCCAAUGCCCCCCCAACCCGUGAGUAA